AUGCCAGGUGAAUCUCUUCUUCUGUCGUUAGAAUACAAGCAGCCAUCGGAUAUUGGGCUCGUAGGCUUACCGAACGCAGGGAAAAGCACUCUGUUGCGUUGCCUUAGUCGCGCGGAAGCCGAAGUUGGCUCUUACAGUUUCACCACAUUACGACCAAACCUUGGUGUUGUGCGCUUCGGCGCUGACGGCAAGAUUAUCAGUGACGAGCAGCACCAGCACCAGCACCAGAACCACGAAACAAUGCGCCUCACUAUUGCAGAUCUUCCCGGACUGGUACGAGAUGCAUCAAAAAACCGUGGCCUGGGCCACGACUUCCUACGACACAUUGAACGAUGCCGCUCGCUCGUUUACAUUGUGGAUUUUGGGCCGUCCAACCCACGCCCAUCCAGUGAUGUUGUUCUGCUAAAUCGCGAACUUGAAACUUAUCGGCCUGGACUCACAGAUCGUGUGACUAUGGUGGUUGCUAAUAAGGCGGAUUUAUUAGGUGGGGACCAUGACACAUAUUCAGAUGUUGACGCCCGCGAGAAACUCACACGACUCCGUCAGGACGUCGCUAUGAUUUUUGAGCCGCGCACGGUCCCAGUCAUUCCACUGUCGGCGAAAUAUCGACUAAAUAUUGACCACGUGGCGAAACGCCUCCAAUCUUGUACCUUAUAG